UGUUGUGAAAUGUUCUCGGGAUUCGUUCUUUCUGGUCUGUCUGCGGCGCUGUAAGCAAACGACCUUCUUUGUUGCUACCAUCUCCUUAUAUUUUAACAGAAAUUCGAAAAUGGCAACUGAAAAUGAACAUGUUGGUGAUUGCCCAGAGGAUUUGGAGUAUGCCGAAGAGGAGGAUUCUAAAGACAUCAUGAAGUUCCAACGUGUGUUGGAUGCUCUACAGAAACCAGCUAUCGAAGAGAUGAUGGCAGCUCUACCAGCUCCUGUGAAGCGUCGCAUCAAAGCCUUAAAGAAACUUCAAUUGGAGCAGAUCAACAUUGAAGCUAAAUUCUUCGAAGAAGUUCAUGCCCUCGAAUGCAAGUAUCAUAAGAUGUACGCUCCUCUGUACGAGAAGAGGCACACUGUCAUCUCUGGUGAAUAUGAGCCCAAAGAUGAUGAAUGCGAUUGGGUGUCAGAUGAGGAAGAAGAAAUAACAAAGGAUUUGGAGGAGAAAGCGAAUUUGGCUGAAACACCUAAAGUUGAGGAAGAUGUUAAGGGCAUUCCAGACUUCUGGCUCACCAUAUUCCGUAACGUGGAUUUGCUUUCUGAGAUGGUGCAAGAACACGAUGAACCAAUCUUGAAAUACUUAACAGACAUAAAAACUAAAUUUAUUGAAUCCCCAAUGGGUUUCGUUCUCGAGUUUUAUUUUGCUCCAAAUGAAUACUUCACUGAUUCAGUGCUUAUUAAAGAAUACGAUAUGAAGUGCUUACCAGAAGCAGAUGAUCCGUUUGGUUUUGAGGGCCCUGAAAUUUUCAAAUGCAAAGGUUGCACAAUCAACUGGAACAAGGGCAUGAAUGUCACAGUGAAGACAAUGAAAAAGAAGCAAAAGCAUAAGAGCAGGGGCGUAGUCCGAGUAAUCACAAAGACCGUACGCAAUGAUUCGUUCUUCAACUUCUUCGAGCCUCCAGUUAUUCCAGAAGACGUCAACGAAGAUGACGUCGACGAGGAGUUGAGAUUGAUCUUGACGACUGAUUUCGAAAUUGGUCAUUACAUUAGGGAAAGGAUCGUACCGAGGGCUGUUCUAUAUUUUACUGGUGAAGAUAUUGAAAAUGAAGAAGAUGAUUAUAACGAGGAUGGCGAGGAGAUGGAGGAAGAAGAUGAUGAUGAUAAUGAAGAUUGUAACGAAAUUGCCAAGAACGCUAAAGAUAAUUGCAAGCAACAAUAGAUAUAAAUUUUUAUAAUGUUUGUGUUUGCAUUUACAUAUUCUUGUAAUAUUUUCGGACAUAUAAACAAAUAAAAUCAUUGUGAACUCUUUGACUUUAUUAGGCAUUGUGUAGAGAUUAACUGCCUUGUCUAAAUUCGUUAAUUUGAAUGAAGUUUUAAUAUAGUUUUUUUUUAAUGUA